UUGAAGCAAGAAGGAAAUCAAAUCAAAUCAUGAGUUAUUACAAUCAGAAUCAACCCCCUCCCCCCGUCGGCGUUCCUCCUCCCCAAGGGUAUCCUCCCCCGGAUUAUCAUCCCAAGGACGGAUAUCCUCCGGCGGGUUACCCCUCACAGGGCUACCCGCCACAGGGCUACCCGCCGCCGCAAGGCUACCCGCAGGGCUACCCGCCGUAUCCCCCGCCGUACGGUCCUCCUCCACCUCCGCCGCCGCAGCAACAGCAGUCGGGUCGCAGUGGUUGCAUGGAAGGAUGUUUGGCUGCUUUAUGCUGCUGCUGUCUAUUGGAUGCAUGCUUUUGAUGAUACGAGAUAUAUAUGAAAGACGGAAGGAAGAAGAUACACGGGAAAGAGGGAGAGCUAUAGAGACAGAGAGGAUCCAAUUUUAUUGUUUGAUGAUCGAAACGACAACAACUUUAUCGACUUCACAAAUUGUUUUCUUAAAUUAUUCUGUCUCGAUUUUGUUUGCAAUUGGUGAUGUUCAAAAAAUUUUAUGCAAGUUUGUUCUUUAAUAUGUGCUAGUGUCGCGCGGUGCAUAGCACAAUCUU